UUUAUCAUUAUUGUUAAAAAAAAUCUAGCAAAUUUUAAAAAAUUGGGUAAAAGAUACAAAUGUGUGUAUUUCCGAUAUUUCCUACAUAUUAUUGCAAAAUCAAUAUAUAUUUUUCACAAAUUGAUUAUUUAAAAAGACAAAAAUAACAUUAAAAAAAUCAUAGGUAGAAAAAGAAAGGGGAAAAUAAAAUAGGCUGAAAAAUAUCAAAAAUCUCCCCGUCUUCUACUCCGAAUCAAAAACCCUAGCUGUUCUUGUUUCUUACAUUUCCUCGCCGAGUGCGACUACAAUGCAUUCAGGCCACGAUGAUGUUCACUUCUCAUCAUCACCUAUCAGGAUCCAUUCGUCUUCUCAGAAACAGUCUUUCCUUGCCAAUCUGCAAUCCUGCUCCAACACCUUAGUCUCUCAGCUCUCAAGUACUCGGCUCUCUCUGGGUCGACUGCUUGAAUCGCUGAAGAAUCGCCACAUUUCUCCACGUUUUACCCAGACUCGACCGGUUCCUCGUCCCAACUCACCGACUCAGAUGCUCAAUUCAGUCACCCAGCUUAUGAUUGGCAAGUCUCCGCUAUCCACCUCUGUCUCACUCUCGCUUAUCCAAUCAACACAGUCGAUUUGGUCUGACCCUGGAGCUGAGGAUAACGGGAUUACCGCCGGACUACACUCGCCGCUGCUUUGCUGCGCCUCUUUGUCUCUGAAUAGGCCCGGCGAGUCGACUCAGUCCGUGGAGGGGAAGGAUAUGAUACAGCAGCAGCUUCAGAAGGGUCACUCGGUGAGUCGCAACGCGGAGGAGCGAGUUCUGAUUAGCGAGGUGUUAGUGAGAACGAAGGAUGGAGAGGAACUCGAGAGGAAGGACUUGGAAAUGGAGGCAUUGGCCGCUUUGAAGGCUUGUCGAGCCAAUUCAGCAUUAACCAUUCGGGAGGUACAGGAGGAUGUGCAUAGGAUUAUAGAAAGUGGCUACUUCUGCUCUUGUACGCCUGUUGCUGUUGAUACACGCGACGGAAUCCGACUGAUGUUUCAGGUAGAACCAAACCAAGAAUUUCGUGGGUUAGUCUGCGAAAACGCAAAUGUUCUUCCGUCGAGAUUCAUACAGGAAGCUUUCCAAGAUGGAUUUGGGAAAGUGAUUAAUAUUAAGAGACUGGAGGAAGCUAUUACGUCCAUUAAUGGCUGGUACAUGGAGCGUGGUCUUUUCGGGAUUGUUUCUGAUAUCGAUACGCUUUCUGGAGGUAUAGUAAGGCUUCAAGUUGCUGAAGCAGAGGUUAACAACAUAUCCAUCCGGUUCCUUGAUCGUAAGACUGGCGAACCAACAAAAGGGAAGACAAGGGUUGAGACAAUACUACGGCAGCUUACAACAAAGAAGGGACAGGUCUACAGCAUGCUUCAAGGGAAGAGGGAUGUAGACACUGUGCUAGCCAUGGGAAUCAUGGAAGAUGUUAGUAUUAUUCCUCAACCCGCAGGAGAUAGUGGGAAGGUAGAUUUGAUCAUGAACUGUGUUGAGCGUCCCAGUGGAGGCUUCUCUGCUGGUGGUGGGAUAUCUAGUGGGAUCACGAGUGGCCCCCUAUCUGGACUAAUUGGAAGCUUCGCUUAUUCUCACCGAAAUAUAUUUGGAAGAAACCAGAAGCUUAACGUUUCCCUAGAGAGGGGUCAAAUUGACUCUAUAUUUCGUAUAAACUACACUGAUCCAUGGAUUGAAGGAGACGACAAGAGGACAUCCAGAUCUGUUAUGGUUCAGAAUUCAAGAACACCGGGGAAUCUAGUUCACGGCAAUCAACCAGACAAUGGUAGUCUCACAAUUGGCCGGGUUACUGCAGGUAUUGAAUACAGUCGGCCAUUCAGGCCAAAGUGGAGUGGUACUGCUGGACUUAUAUUUCAGCAUGCUGGUGCUCGUGAUGAACAAGGAAACCCUAUCAUCAAGGACUUCUACAGUAGUCCUCUAACCGCAAGUGGUAAGAGCCAUGAUGAGACCUUGCUAGCUAAAUUUGAAAGCAUUUAUACGGGCUCAGGUGACCAUGGAUCAACGAUGUUUGCGUUUAAUAUGGAACAAGGGCUUCCUAUUUUACCCGAAUGGUUAUUUUUCAAUCGAGUGAAUGCUCGUACCAGGAAAGGCAUACACAUUGGACCAGCUCGUUUUCUUUUUAGUCUGUCUGGUGGACAUGUGGUGGGAAACUUUUCACCUCAUGAAGCAUUCGCCAUCGGUGGAACAAACAGCGUAAGAGGUUACGAAGAGGGCGCUGUAGGAUCUGGUCGAUCGUAUGUAGUUGGUUCCGGGGAGGUCUCUUUCCCAGUGAGAGGACCGGUCGAGGGAGUCCUUUUUACGGAUUAUGGUACUGAUAUGGGAUCAGGACCCACUGUCCCAGGUGAUCCUGCGGGGGCAAGGCUGAAGCCUGGAAGUGGUUACGGGUAUGGUUUUGGAGUGCGUGUUGAUUCCCCGUUGGGGCCAUUACGCCUUGAAUAUGCCUUCAAUGAUAAACACACCGGAAGGUUUCACUUUGGGGUUGGCCACCGGAACUAAUCUUCCCAGUUCCCCAUCUGCCUUUUUUUGUAAUUUCAGUCAUCUAACAUAAUGUUUGUUUAUUUUAGUGAUUUAUAUUAUCUCCUUAGAUAACUCACUGAUUUGGUUGUAUUCAUCUAAAUGUCGAAUCUGAAUGCUUUUUAUGCAGAUGUUCUUUAUUUUACCAUUCUCAGAGAUUCAUUGAAAAACUUCGAAAUAAUUUAUAAAUGGUUUCUGGCUUUCUGCGAUAAUGUAAGUGAUAUGUUUGGCUAAAAACCUUCUUUGCAAGGAUUCCAUUGUACCUUAAAGUAUUGGAGAGCUCACAAGCUCCUCUAUCUAAUGACAAAGGGAAGAGCUGAAACUUGAAGGCGUCUUGAGAAAUGCCAUUAAUCUUUGUCGUCCAACACAAACGAUCAAAUUGCUCUCAAUGUUAAACUCCUCAGCUCACAGCUUCCCUUCUUUGUGUAUGAUGUGGUACAAAUUAAGUCUAUCUCUUACAUGGGAUAUUAUGAAGUCGCAUAUAUGAUAUAUAUCUUACAAGGAUGAAAUAAAGUUGCAGAUGACAUCGGCCAUCUGAGAAUCAUACUCAGGUCCUUCCAUCUGGAAAUGACUAACGCCUUCAAUGAGGUGUGUUUCGGUGCGUCCCACUGCAGAUUUCAGCUUCUUCUUGAGCUGGCUUACGCUAGUGAAACCGUCCUGUGUUCCCAUGACGAAGAAUUUUGGUUUAGUGGAUGAGAGAAUGGCCUUGUGGUGCCGACCAAACAAAACCGAGGCCAUUAGACCAAAUGGGUACCCCAAACUCACAUAACCCACCACUUGCUCUACUUGCUCCACUGCUGAUCCUGCGAUUGGUGCACCUGAAGAACCCACGAGCAGGAUCCUAUGAGCACCGAGAUUCUGGGAAAGCCACCGACAAACAGCGAUCACAUCCUUGACCUCGGCGAAGCCAGUGAGAGUAGCCCUUCCCGUUGAUUUUCCGGCACCUCUUGUAUCGAAGGUGACGGACGUGAAACCCUUACAGGCCAGCUCAGAAGCUAUGCCUUUGAGCAGAGCCUGACAACCACCCAUGAGCGAGAACGGGUGGACCAAGACAAUCACCAGAUUCCCAUCAUCGUGGCUAGCUUCCACGUUUCUGGGUUUGAAGAUUCUCGUGUGAAGAUUCACCCCUUCCUCGGAAUCGACUUUACACGAUUCCACUGUAAAGUUUGACGACGACAUUUUCAGAGAGAUGAUGAUACCUUUUGGGUUUCCUUUAUACUCGGAAGGAGAUUUAGAAACGACAUUUCCCAACAACACAAAGACUAAGAACGAAUUUUUGC